AUGCCAACUCUGCCUUCAUUCUCUAUUUCGCACCCCCACUGGCCUCAUUUACAGGGUAUUCCUCUAGCGGAUCCAGAUUUCUCAGUUCCGGAUACGGUGGAUCUCAUACUGGGCGCAGAUGCAUACGGGAAACUGGUACGUUCUCAAAUUCGACGCGGGUCUCCUGAGGAACCCAUCGCACAAAAUACGAUAUUCGGGUGGGCAAUAUUCGGGCCCUGCAACGAAGCUCACAAUUCGUCGGGUUGGGUACAGCAUGCCGCUGUCGAUCACGGGUUUCAGGCUCUCCAGGACCUCCUCGCGCAAUUCUGGGUGCAAGAGGAGGUGCCAGUGCAAUUUGGAUCGGAUCUCACACCGGAAGAGCAAGAAUGUGAGGCUCACUUCGUUGCUACACAUUCUCGGGAUAAUUCGGGUCGGUAUAUCGUUCGGUUGCCUCUUCGGUCGUCCACAAUCCAGCUCGGUCAGUCGUUUCAUACGGCGCACGCUUGCCUCAAUCGGCUCGUACGAAAGCUCGACCGGGACUCUCACUACAAGGGACUGUACGACACAUUUCUCGGGGAGUAUGAGUCCCUCGGGCACAUGUCACGGGUGCGGGACGACGAGGUCGGUCGGGAUCGGGUCUAUUAUCUCCCUCAUCACGGGGUCUUGACGACAAAACUUCGGGUAGUGUUCAACGGGUCGUGUAACACGGAUUCCGGGACCUCAUUAAACGAUCUCAUGCACACGGGCGCCAAAUUACAAAAGGACAUUUCGGAUGUUCUCCUCUGGGCACGGCGCGACCGAUUCAUUUUCGCGACUGACAUAGUCAAAAUGUUUCGACAAAUUUGGGUUCACCGGGACGAUUGGGAUUUACAACGAAUUCUUUGGGUGGAUGAAAACGGGAACACGGCUCAUUAUCACCUGACUACAGUCACCUACGGGACACGGUCAGCUCCGUUUCUCGCGGUACGGGUGCUACUCCAACUGGUAGCAGACGAAGGGGAGAAAUAUCCGGCCGCAGUCGCUCCUCUUACAAUGGGGCGAUAUGUGGACGAUAUUUACGGGGGGGCUGACCAAAUUUCGGAACUUCUCACCCAGGCGCGACAUCUCAUCGGGAUUUGCACGGCGGGCGGCUUCCCGCUGGCAAAAUGGCAGAGCAACAGUCCGGCUUUACUCACAAAUCUGGGGUUCGGGUCGAGUCCAGAGGAUUCACGCUCAUUCGACGAGUGCGAAACAAAAGUUCUCGGGCUCGCAUGGUUUCCGGGGCCGGACGUCUUCAAAUUCACCUCACUUUCGUACACGGGCGAGCAAAGCAUUACCAAACGGGUCAUACUCUCGGAAAUUGCUCAGAUCUACGAUCCUCUCGGGUUCCACUCACCGGUGGUCAUUCGGGCAAAAAUCCUUCUACAACGGUUGUGGCUGGAAAAACUCGCUUGGGACGACCCCGUAUCCACGGAGGUCGGGAAAUCAUGGGUCACAUUUCGUCACGAUCUGGCUCACCUCGGGAACAUCGCGGUUCCGCGGUGGCUCAACAUGACCUCGGAUUCCACCGUCGAGAUUCACGGGUUCUCUGACGCCUCACAGUUGGCAAUGGGUGCGGUCGUGUACGUUCGGGUUACGGGUCCGGGAAAGAGCACCAGAACCGCGCUGGUCUGCUCGAAAACGAAAGUCGCGCCGAUCAAACGGCUCACCAUUCCGCGGUUAGAGCUCACCGCCGCGUUAUUGGUCGCCAAACUCGCGAAAUACGUUCGGGAUACGUUGUAA